AUGUUAGAUGGUAUGGUAUUUGUUAAUUUAUUUUCAAGCAAAGUAUAAGGGAGUUGUACUCCAGUCUAGUAGGUGGCGGUAAUGCAACAUGUAUAGGAUGCCAACCGCUGUUAAGCCUCAUCAAAGAAGAAGAUACCAAAGAAGCAGAACACUUCCUGGGCACGCGGCUAUUAUUAUGCACGCUCCAUGUGUUGAGAACGUUCAAAUGGGUCUGCUGACGUACGAGCCUCCACUACCCAACAUUAGCUAAUUGAAAAGGAACCUAACACGACUUGGAAAGGAAUUGGUUGUCCUCUUUCUUAGGUUGGCUACCGUAUUUUUCCAAUCUGGAUAGCUGAGUAGAUAGCUAAACUAACAAUCGCUAUACUUGGUGCAUUUAGACAGAAACAUGGCUACGGUUUUAAUCCCUGCAAACACUACCGCACUUUUGCUGGAUAUUGAAGGAACCACGACACCAAUAACGUUUGUGAAGGACAUUUUAUUCCCAUAUAUCAAAGAUCAUCUUGAAGAGCAUCUGUCUGCGCAUUGGGAAGAAGAUGAAUGCAAACAAGAUGUGCAUCUCCUGAAGAAACAGGUUGAGGAGGACCUGCGUCUGAACCGAGCAUGUGCGCAACACGCCCUGGACCAGUCUGGGCACACGGACGAGGAGAAAGCCAUCGGAGAGGUGGUGGACAACGUGCUGUGGCAGAUGGCUUCGGACAGGAAGACCACGGCCCUGAAACAGCUGCAGGGACACAUGUGGAGGGCGGCCUACGCUGCUGGGAGAAUCAAAGGCGAGCUGUACCAGGAUGUGGUUCCAUCCAUCAGGAGGUGGAGACUGCAGGGCCUGAAGGUCUAUAUCUACUCAUCUGGCAGCGUGGAAGCCCAGAAACUACUGUUUGGAUACUCUGUAGAGGGAGAUGUCCUAGAUCUAUUUGAUGGCCACUUCGACACCAACAUAGGCGCCAAAGUAGAAAGUAAAAGCUAUGAGAGAAUUGCGGAGAGAGUGGGCUGCCUGUCUGAGGAAAUCAUGUUCCUGACAGAUAUCACACGGGAGGCCAAGGCAGCGGAGGACGCGGGUGUGAACGUGGCGGUGGUGGUGCGGCCGGGGAACAUGGAGCUGACGGAGGAGGAGAGGUCACACUAUAACCUCAUUUCAACUUUCAGCCAACUGGAAGUGAUGGGCGGCGUUUGACACUGGAGGGGAGAGAUGCUGCCGUUCGAAUUCUGCCCUUUUCCUCCUCAGUGUGCACUCAUUGACUCCCCCCUUGUGGAUGUAAAGGUACUGGAUAAGUGUACGCAUGGGAGGUUUUGCCAAAUAUAUCUAACACCUUUUUGUUUUUAAAUACAUGAGGGGGAGUAAUGAGUGUACACUUGGGAGAGAAUCGGAACACAGCUAGAGAGAGGGGGAACACUUACUCACUAGCCCCGUUCAAUUAUGUUCCCUAGCCUCUUCCCCUAGCACCUACUGCCCCUUGGAUCUUGUCAAAGGACUGGAAUGGUAAAAGCAAAGUGAUUGACGCUCCUUUUUUAAGCCUAUUGGAGAGCCAGGUGGAGCUAUUGCUUUCCCUUAUCUGGUCCUUACAGACUCUGAAGGGGAGUGGGCUAUGGGAAGAAGCUACUAACCGAAAUUGAACCGGGCCACUCUCAUAAGAGCUGUUUGUCCAAGGGGAGGGGAAUGGGAGGGUCGGCCAUUGAUCCAAGGAUUUUGGGAGUGCACUAAAAGGGGAGCCUGGGUGCCAGGCUAGAGCAGAAACCGACAACAUUUUGUCUUAGCCAGGUAACAGUGUACGGUGUUGAACGCAGAAACAGUCGUAUCUAGGCUACACCCAGGGUACCAAGAGUCGUACCAGUCUGCAGACUGCACAUUAAGGGACCUCCCAGGGUUUCUUUCACCUUUUUUAAGCAUUUUAAAUAAAACAUAUUUAAGUUGCUCACUUUAUUUGUAUUUAACUAAUGUGGUUCAAAAUCUGUGUUUGUUUCCAUUGUGAGUCACAUUGAGUAUAGCCCAAUCCUGUACAGUACAUUAAUCAGAAUGUAAAAUCAUUUUAAUGUUGUAACAAACAGCAGUAUGACACUGAGAUGCAUGUGUCAGUUGUGCUUGAAUGACAGCCAAUUGUUGUACUAAAUCACAUGCAGUGGGAGAGAACACUGAAAAGGAUUCCUGUGACUUGUUUAAUGGGAGCAACAGUGAUAUGGUUCAGAAUGGCAUCAUUGUACCUGGGCGAUGACCUAAAAAGUAAUACCACUGUACUGAUCUUCAGAGGCUGAGACUUCCUCAAACGGUCUGUCUUAAGUCAGGCUGAAAAUAGAGGUAGACAGGAAAGCGAACGCAGCAGAAAACCUCAUGCCAGUAGAGGAAGUUCGGUAGAAUCCAAACUAGGAGAGGGUGAUUGGACUCCCACAUUUUGAGGACUUAGCUACAGUGCCGAUUUUGCAGGUUUUCCUAAUUACAAAGCACAGAGGUCUGUAAUUGUUAUCAUAGGUACACUUCAACUGUGAGAGACGGAAUCUAAAACAAAAAUCCAGAGAAUCACGUAUGAUUUUUUUUAAGUAAUUAGCAUUUUAUUGCCUCUCUUACAGUUGAAGUGUGUCUAUGAUAAAUUACAGACCUCUACAUGCUUUGUAAGUUGGAAAACCUGCAAAAUUGGCAGUGUAUCAAAUACUUGUUUUCCCCACUAUACAUUCAUCUGAAAGUCAGUGAGGCGUGGUGUCACUAUUAAUCUUGAGACAUGAGUGCUCCCAACUACUCACAGCUACAUGAUAAACAUCUGUUCAUGUCUUCAAUGAAAUCAUUUAGCAUCUUUUCGUGAACACCCCAGCUGAUGAGAUGACAAAGGUUGCUUAUGGAAAGAGUUUGUUGCUUUUCAAAGAUACCUCGACGUACAGUAGUCAAGUCAGGCAUGCUGUAGUGGUUGACUAACUCUUCUUCAGUAACUGACACCCACUGGAGCCCUUGACCUCCUAAAGACUUCAUGUUCAUUUGUAUAUCCCCCCCCCCCCCCCCCCCCAACCACAGGCAACGUAACUUUUGUAGCACUCCAAAGCUAUAGCUGGUCCGACUGGUACUCGGACACCUCUGAGAAAGUUGCUGACAGGCUGAGAGGCGGGUCGCGGUUUUCGGUGCAGACGAUCUCAAAGUGGCAGUGUCUGAACUCGAUGGCGAAGGUUGCGAGGAAGCUCAGAAAGAACAUGACCAGCGCCCACUGCGUUCGCGCCGCAUGCAUGUGAAGACGCUGCGCAAUCAGGGCAAAGU